GGCCACUCCGCCGGCAAACCGACCUCGAGGUACACGCGCGCCCAUCGCUCGCAACGCCAAGCAACGCCGGCCCCUCGCGGCCAGGAGCCCUCCAGGCGCCUCUAACUGCCUAUUUAACUCCACUCAAUCCACCAGCGAGGGCAAAGCGCCACGGACGCCGGCGUUUGCACACUAGGCUCGCCGGACAAAAGAGAUGGAAAUCGUGCCUGAGGGGAAAAACUUUCGAUUGGUAACAGAAGACGAGCUCCCAGCUGUGGCCGAUUUCUUAGUGCAGUAUAUGCCUGAAUCUCUAAAAUUUCAUCAGACGAUUCAAACAUAUCUAAACAACAAGGUGUGGGACUUCCAUUUUUAUGUAGCGAAAAAUUGGCCGGAGGAUCCGAUUUGCGUGCACUUUCCUGGCUGUACUAGUACGCCAAACAAACUCCCCUACGAAAGUGUGACGGCGUUCUGUCCUUCCGAGCGCGCGGAACUAAUUGACCUGCUGACCUCAGAGGACGUUCUCCUAGACUUGACACAGCCUUUGUACCUGAACUUUACCCAUGAGGCAAUUGUCAAUCGCUUCGAAAAGCGCUAUGAAGCACAUGACAAAAUCACUGGUGACGUUUACGUGUGCGAGAACCCUCCUACGACGGACUCGGAUGAACUGCCACCGGACGUGGAGUUAGUUCGUUUGCAGCCAGAACACAUGAAAGCGGUGCACGACUUGUACCCCGCGAGCGACAUCGAAUGCCGCGAAGUCUUCGAGAAGCUUGUAGCUGAGCUGCCUGCAUACGGUAUAUUUGUGGAGGGCCAACUCGCUGCCUGGAUGGUCCAGUCCUACUACGGCGCUAUGUUCUCCAUGCAAACGCGCCCCGAGUUCCGCAGGAAAGGCUACGGCAUCUAUCUCGCCCGCAAACUCACCAAGGAAGUCGCCCAGCGAGGCUACAAACCCUUUGUCGUGAUUCGUCCGGAAAACGAUGCGUCCCGUUCCCUAUACACGAAACUCGGCUUCGAGAAACGUUUUCGAACGGUGCGUGCCGUUUUGCGCCCCCGCUAAAAGCGUAAGAGUUGAUCACUAGCAGAUUUUAUUUUUUUAAGACUUUUGAAAAAAUCUAUUUAGCUUGCGAUCUUUGAUCGCUUAGAAACUUUAGUAGUAAUAGCUUUAAGAUUAGAGCGGCUGGUGCUCUCGGUCUGCCUUAUCUCGUCGAAUCGAAUAACUCUAGCUCUGAGUUUGACGCAAUACUCAUGGUUCUGGCCUCUUUGCUAUUAGCUUUUUCAAAUUCCUAGUAAUUUCAAAUCUUUAAACGAUGACAACGAAUGCUUUCUUGACGAGUGUAUGGUCCUUGAAAUAUGUCCAAGAGUUUCUAAAAAAAUGUUUGCUAGUUGCCGCCUCUAUCUAAGCUUUGUAAGGAGAUUCGAGAGCUUUAGCCGUUUGCGGCGUGUUUUGGCGCUAGCCUAGUUACUGAUCUCAACGAUUCUUGGGGAUGUCUUAUCGAGAAACACUUGCUAGUGUUAGUAAUUUCUUAAUUCUUGAUUUCUUCGCUAAUCAAAAUGCGAAGAUUUAUAGCGAGGCGAAUAAGGUACCUUCAAGUGACAGGUUCUUUCAACUCGAGUGUUACUUGAUGUAGAGCCCCAAUUUCAUUUAGGCGAACGCUUCAUAACCACUCGUUGACCGAGCGGGGACUGUUCUGUCUCAUGGUUUAUAAAAUUUUGGGACCCGUUAUGAUCUCGAUGUGUGAUAAAACAUUAGCAUAGGUACUUAAUUUACCUGUUAAUGCAAACAUGAGAAAGAAAGGUUGCCGACAUUCCCCAAAAUUUGCACAACCGUCAAAUUAACUAGCACCAUUAUUAUUAAUAACAAGUUAUGAUGAUGAAUGGAGUAAUAUUUGAAACAUGUGAAAAUAUGAACGAAAAUUAAGUAGAAUUACUUAUGUAUAAUUUGUGUUUCAAAGCACUAUAAGUACAACAAAAACAUGCGUAAAGUACCUAUUUUUAAAGCAGUCGGAGUGAUAUGAUCUUAAAAACAAGCCUUACUAUACUUUCAUUUCCUAUUUAGUAGAAAAAUAUCUUGUCCGAUAGUUAGGUAGGUGCUAAAACAAAUUUUUAUUUAUCACAAGCAUCCAAAACAGAUUUAAAACAAUUAACAUUGUUGGGAUAUAAUGUGAAAAUCAUUUAAAAUUUGAUACGAAAAAAGUAGAUAGGUAGGUAUUUUAUUACGGGAAUGUAUUUUACAAGUAAUAUUGUACGUAUUGUAUUGGAAAAGUUUGCUAUUAAUAUUGUACCCGAUAAAAAGGUUAGAGGUGUUAAUUUACUAACUACGCUAUUAUUGGAUCUAUAACAAUGUGUGAUACUAUUAAUUCUUGUCUAAGUAAUAUAUAUAAAUAUUAUUCUUUUUUUAUUUUUCUAGACACAAGUUCUGUAACCAACUUACACAAACUGUGAUUAUAAUUUUCAGAAUGUUAAGUAUGAUUUUUUAAGAGCACAGGGCUAGUGUAGACUUUUUUUGUUUUAUUGUAAAAGAAGACAUCGUAAACAUUGUUGAGAUUGAUUAAUUAUAAAUUUUGCUCAAUACAAGAGCUUCCACGAACAUUUGUCAAAAUUUUACUUUGUAUAAAUUAUUGCCAAAUUACCUAUGAUUGUUCUUGUGUAUUUCAUUUUGUUUGAAGAACUUUGUGCUUGUCUUAAAUCUAACAAUUUGGUAUCCAUCAGAAUUUAGGAUAGUGGACAAUUUAAUAUUCUAUAAACUAUUGGGUCACCCUAUUCGAUUUCGAAUUUGCAGCUAUUGAAAUAUUGUCAUUGGUACAAAUAUUUAAUAAAAACCAACAGAUAAUUUUAGGAAAGACAAGACCAAUAGAUGUUGAUUCGAAACCCACCGUCAUUACAUGCAAUCAUGCUAAAAGCUUCCCUACUAAAAAGUAGGUACAUGUCGAGUAAGUAGUUCAAGAAUUUAUUGAAAUUAUUAAUUGUAAGAACAUUUUUUCUGAACACUAUCCACCUAUCCUUAUCUUAAACUUUAAUAAAAUUAAAAGGACACCGUUUCCGUCCUUACGAACCAGCAGAAAAAUUGUAAAGCGGUAUAUUUUGUGACUCCCGCAAAACAAAGAUUGUAGUGUCCAUUCUGUAUUGUUUAUCACUAACCUACCUUGCAAAGGUUUGACAAAAGAAUUA